GAGCGUUUUGACGAUAACGAAACGCAACUUUGAAGUUUUGAACGUCGGGGACGACGGAAGAGUUUAUUGCAUUGCAUUUGCAACGAUUUAAUUUGUUUUGUGUUAGUUAACAGCUUGUUUCAUUUAUGUGCUGUCUUUAAACCUUGUAAUUACUUCAUAGUUGGUGUAAAAAUAUUACAUUCAGCCGUUAAAUGUAUUAAGAUAAUGUGUGUGUAGUGUAAGUGAUAACGUCAACGGUCAAGCUCAGCUGGUCCCAUCCGACGAGCGGUAAAAAUCUCGCGAGUUUUUCUUUGCCUUUACACAGGUAGCACUUUUCGUGCUCCAUUUCAUCAAGAAAAUCGUUUUUCAGUAAAUAAUGUAGCUUGACUCCAAAGUGUUAGUUAUCAAGUGUUUGUAAAGUGAUAAAAAAUGAGUGAGACCCAAGAGACCCUGCCGCCGGACUCGGCAACUGCUCCCCCUGCACCACCGUCAUCCACAUCUUCAGAAAAUGCGUCACUUGCCAGCACAGCAACCUCCCCUGUCACUAAGCCAGCUGACUCCACAAGACCAUCUUCUUUACCCAAACCGUCCGGCUUGAAGCCACCCUCCAAGAUUGGUCGGCUCUGCUCCAACUCUGCGCCUAAACCUGCUGUGCCCAUCUCUCCCAGAACCGACGGCAGUUCCUCGGACACGCUGAGGAAGCUUAGCGACGACUCUUCGAGAAAACAUUUAUCAGAUUUAAUUGAAGCCGAGGAAGACGAAGUUUCUAGCAGUCUGCCGGAGAGACCGCGAUCACACCGCAAGGCAUCUACCAGCAGCACGUUCAGUGUCACCUCCAUGGACGCGCUGUGGGAGAAGCACCCGCGCCGCCUCAGCGAGGCCGGCCUUCGCAGGUCGUCAGAUCAUAGUGUUAUAUUAACAGAGGAUACUGACAGCUUCAUAAUUGGCGAACGAGUUUGGGUUGGCGGUACCAAACCUGGCCAGAUCGCAUACAUCGGCGAAACACAGUUUGCUCCGGGUGACUGGGCAGGCAUCGUGCUUGACGAACCUAUUGGCAAAAACGACGGAUCAGUAGCUGGAGUCCGUUAUUUCCAGUGUCCAGAAAAGCGUGGAGUAUUCUCUCGACUAACUCGCUUGACUCGCGUGCCCCUUAUUACACACGCACCUCACGAUGCAUCUCCGAUCUCCGACGCAGGCAGCGUCUUCGAACGCCCUCCGUCCGGUACCAGGCAAAGACGUGCACUCUCACCAAACGGUAGCAUUCGCAGCAUCGUUAGCAGCAAGAUGAACGCAUCUAUAUCGACCACGACCAACGGUGACGUCCGUGUGGGCGACCGUGUCAUCGUGUCUAGCAGCCGAGGCAGCAAAGCUGGCACUUUGCGCUAUGUUGGUGUUACCGAUUUCGCUACUGGUGUCUGGGCGGGUGUAGAGCUCGACGAUCCUCUUGGAAAAAAUGAUGGCUCAGUCGAUGGAAAGAGGUAUUUCGAAUGCUCACCUCGUUUCGGCUUGUUUGCCCCGGUAUCGAAAGUCUCAAGAUCGCCCUCAAACCGCAAGCCUGGUGCCUGCGCCAUCCACAGCAAUGGACGCGCAACACCGUUGAGGCGCUCAAACUCACGGGAAUCGCUGACGUCAUUGGGCACGUCUAUCGCGUCUUCCCGCGUGGGGGUGAGGCUCGGAGUGACGUCGCUGGGCGCUCAGCGAGUUGGUGGUCCGCGAGCUUCCUCCACCCCGGUAUCCGCGAAGAACGCGCUCCAGGAACUUCUUCGAGAGAAGCAACAACAUCUCGAGCGUCUGAUGCGCGAACGAGAACUAGAACGAGCUGAGAUGGCCAAGAUAUCACUGCAAGUGGACCGAGCGGAGACAGCACUCACGCAACUCAAGAAGGAAAACACACAGGCGACCUCUGAGAACAGUAAGCUAAAGGCUGAGUUAGAAAAGAUCAACAAACUGUUAGAAGACGAAAAGCAGAAAGUUGAAGAUCUCAUGUUCAGGACAGAAGAAGAAAAUAUUAACAGGGAGGAUUAUAAUAAAUAUAAAGAUGCGAUGGAGCAAGAAAAAGCGGUUCGUGAGCAGCGUAUCCGCGAGCUUGAAGCCGAGGCUGAGCUGCAAACUGCACGUGCGGAGGCCACGGCCACCGCGCUGCGAAUGCACGAGGACCAGCGCGCCGCAGACAUCGCCGCCGCCAAUCAGCAGCACCAGGAGGAACUGGCCGCUGCCCAUACUCUAUCGUCGGAGUUGCAGAAACUGUUAGAUGAAGCUUACGCUCUCCUUAAAGAAAAAGAGAACGAGAAAGAUUCAUUAGGGAAAAGCAUGUCAGAGGAACUUACUCGACUAAAGACUGAUUCCGAAAAAGCACUGAACGAAGCCAAGACAAAGAUGGCUAUCGCUCAAACUGAAUUCGAAACACAAGUUUCUGUACUGACUGCCAAACUGCAACUAGCCGAGUCUAAAUUAGAAACUGAAAAACAGAAUUUAGAAAGAUUAAAUAAGGAAAACAGCCAAAUUAUUAUAGAUCUAAAUACUAAGUUAACUCAGCUGCAAGCUACUGUAGACGAUAAAACAUUAGAAUUAAAUAAAGUUGUUGGGGUGAGUAAGGAACACGAAGUUAACCUCAAUAAAGAAAUCACAAAACUGAAAAUGGAACUAAGUGCUAAAAUAUUAGAUUUAGAGCAACUAGAAGACUCGAAGAGGAAACAAGAAACAGUAUUCAAAUCGCUACAGGAAGAGUUAGGGCGUGUUAAAGAUGAAUACAAUAGUAAAGUUAACGAAUACGAGACUCUCUUAAGUGAAGUCUCUCAACAACAUGAAAAGAAUAAAACAGAAAUGAUGGAGUUACAGCAAAAUUUGUCCGCUAAGACCAAGGAGUAUGAAAAACUGCUCGCUGAACUAAGUACAUCUACAAAUUCAUCCGAGAAGCUUGUCAGUGAAUAUAGGGAAACUAUUCAUGAACGAGAUAAGGAAAUAAUAAAACUCAAAGAGGAUUAUGAACAGGCAGCUGCUAAUUUCAACAUUAAACACAGCAAAAUUGCCGAGGAGCAUAAGAAAGAAAUCGAUGAUCGUAACUCUAAAAUAGAACAGCUUAUGAAAGAGAUUGAAAGCCACAAACAAACUUUAGAUCAGAGCAAAGUAGAAUUCGAAGCUCUCAAUUCUCAAUUCACUCUUAAUGUAGAUGAACUGAAACUUCUGAAAGAGGAAAAUGAAAAACUCAAACAGUCCAUCAACGAAUUGACACAAGCUAACAAUGAUCUAAAAGCAAAAAUGUCAGCAAUGGAGCUGGAAGUUGGAGAAUAUAAACGCCAGUUUGAAAGUGCUAACGAAAAAUGUGCGGAGCUUCAAAAGGCUAAAGAUAAAAUUGAAUCGGAAUACAUGAACCUCACUGGUCAGACAACAGAUUCGAAUGAGCAGUUCAAUAAGCUAUCCCAACAUUUGAAGGAAACUGAAAAAGAAUUGCAAGAGUUGAAGGACAAGCACAGGGAGGUAAUCAACAAUCAUGCACGAGCGGAACAAGAAUUGAAACAAAAGCUGUUUAAGAUCCAAGAAGACUUUUCUGUUGAACGCGGACAAUUGGUAGUAUCAGUUAACGAAAACAUAGAAAAACUUAAAGAAGCAGACGGUAAAAUUAAAGAAUUUGAAACGCAAACUGUAGAAGUCAAUAAUCGCUUAAGAAAUCUUCAAACUGACAAUGACAAACUUCUGGAUGAAAACUCCAUACUGAAGAAUGAAAUAGAAGCGCUUAAAGUAAAAGAACAGGAACAGAAUAUGGAACACGACACCAUAUGCAAAAAGCUAGAAAUAGAUAUUGACAGGUACAAAGAAGAAAUAUCAAUUUUGAAAGCAGAUGGUGCAACUUCAGAAGUUAAACUUAUGGAGAAAGUGGAUCAAUUGACAGAAGCACAGAAUGAUUUGAAUAACAAACUGGAAGAAGCAAGAAAGCAUGAAGAUAGUUUGCAAAAAAUAUUAGAUGAUAUGACUGCUCAAUUGAACAACCAAAAAACUAACUUCGAGAAAGAAAUAUCACAGUUGCAAAACAAUUUAUCCACUGUCACCGAAGAAACCAAUCAACUGAAGGCUGAAGAAAACCGCCUGAAAGAGAUAUUGGAACAAAAGCAGAAUAAUGUUAAAGAUCUUACUUUGAAAUUAGAAAUGCUUGAAGUCGAUUUGAAAUCCAAUGUCGAAAUCGUUACUGAAAAAGAUCGGCAGCUAGCACAGGUCAACGAAGAACUAAAUAAAGCGACAGAAAGUAAAAAACAAUUAGAAGAGAAAUUGAACGGAGCUGCCUUAGAAACGUCUGCACUUAAACAAAAAUAUGAAAGCCUAGUAGCAAAUUCUUCAGCAGAAGAAACUGUAUUAAAGGAACAGUUGGGCCAAUUAGAAGUGUUGAAAAAAGAAAUGUCUACUUUAGUUCAAGAAAAGACUUCGUUGGAAUCGAAGUACAGUGAGACAUUGUCAGAAUUGACGACGAUUAAGAAAAACUACGAAGAUGCCGUAAACAAAAUUAACGACAACGUAACCGUUAACAACGAAUUGAAAAAAUCUGUUGAAGAAAAAGAUAAUAUACUAAAACAACAGACUGAGAAGAAUGUGAUUGAUUCAGAAAAAAUAUCUAAAUUGGAAACGGAACUAGAUCAGUUGAAACAAGAAGUUUCUAACAAAGAUACUGUAAUUCAAGAGAAAGAGUCGCAGCUCACGAAGAUGCAUGAUGCCUUACAAUUAGGUUCUAGUGAAACACAACAACUUGUUGCUCAACUUCAACUCGAAAAUUCAAAACUGAAUGAAACAUACAAAACCGAAGUAGAAUCUCUUAAUAAUACUCUAAAAACGCUACAGACUGAAGUGGCGGAGAAGGGUAAAGAGCUCGAAGAACUCAAACAAGCAAGUGAAAAAGUGACAGAAUUACAAAAACUAGUUGAUAAGUCGGAACAAGACAUCAAGCAGCUAACAAACAUCAAUGAAGCCCAAAAAAUGAACUAUGAAGAUUUGAACAAACAAUUACAAGCACAGUUUGACGAAUAUAAGAAAGAAAGCAAGCGUGCUAGACAUGACCUUAAAAAUACAUUGAAUGACUAUGACAAAGAAUUGAAACAAUCCAAAGACAAGGUGACAGCAGAAGUAGACAAACAAAAUCAAUUGCAACAAAAGUUAACAGAAGCUGAAAGUAAAAUAUUAGAAUUGACUCAGAAAUUGGACUUGAUAGCUGUGCAGCAGAGUACUGACGUAGAGAAAGAUAAACAGUUAGAGAAGUUAACAGUAGAACUUCAUGCAGCUAAACAAACUUCCGCUGAGUCUGUAGCUAAGAGUGAAACUUUAGUCAAGAAUCUUAAAGCUGAUAUAGAAAAUAAAGUUAAGGACUUGAGACUGAAGGAAGACUUGAUAGGCAAAUUACAAGAAGAAGUAAAGAGCCAAAAAGCUAAAGUAGAAAUCGCGGAACGGGAAAAGCUUCUUCUGCAGAAGGAGAUGGCGCUAAAGGGUAAAGACGUUCGUGACAAAAAUGACAACAGCGCUAUGGGUGUUUUAGGGCAGGGCGACACUGCGUCUGAGAAGACGACGGACGACAAGGAAAUGAUUGACGGCCAAGUGAGCUUCCUGAACUCCGUGAUAGUGGACAUGCAGCGCAAGAACGAGCAGCUCAUGGCGCGAGUGCAGGCGCUCGAGGGCGGCUCCGUCGCUCCUGAACCUGUUCUUUUCAAUGGGCGCAAAGCCCGCGCAGUAGCCCCGCGGUUGUUCUGCGACAUCUGCGACGUGUUUGACGCGCACGACACGGAGGACUGCCCCAAGCAGGCCGGCGAGCCCGACGCGCCGCCGCCGCCCGCCAACCGCCGCGCCGCGCCGCCUCCCAGACCAUACUGCGAUAUUUGUGAAGUAUUUGGCCACGCAACCGAGAACUGUGAUGAAGAGGAAACUUUCUAAUUUGCCUAUUUAUUGACGGAUUAGUUUUAAUGUUACCGUUAUUGUUGUUACUCGUUUUAGUUGGCUAUUAUUUAUUAUUGUUUACCAUUGCGAUGGUAUCACUUGUUUUAUAGUUAAUAUCUUAGGAAAAUGUUUGUAAAUAAGUACCUUUGAUCUUUUAUAUUACUAAGAGAAUCAUUGCAUGUUAUAUUUUUUAAUAAUUAGGUGAUUGGUAAAUCAAGUUUUCGUAUGCAUUAUCUGGUCAUAAUGCAUAUUGAGAAAUGAUCUUUAUGGCACAAAUUGGUCUUUCAUCACAAUCAUGAUUCUAAAUAAUUCUAUUGCAUCCUAUUUUAAUUUAUUUAAAAUAUAAUUAAAUGAACACCAAAAUAUAACAGUUUUAUAACAAUAAAUUAAUUGAAUUA